AUGUGCCUCCACAGUGUGCAGAAAUGGGCUGUUUCUUUUGGCAAACAACUAACUGCUUUAUCCGCUCGAUACUCUGGAGCUCAGCUACUGCAGAAGAAAUACAAGGACAUUGAAGGAACAGUGAAGAUGGAAGAGGUGGAUGGUAAGGAACUGGUCCAACAGUUCGCAGAAGAGAUGGAGGAGAUGCUGGGGAGGAAGAUGAAGUCUGUCAAGCGGUUGGCAGAGGCUGCAGAGGAGGCUGAUUUAUACCAUGACUACAAUGACACGCUGGAGUUCGAAUACUAUAACUCAAUGCUGAUAAACAAAGUGGAUGAAGAUGGGAACCCCUUGUCUCUCGGGGGAGCGUUUCCUUUGGAGCAAAAUGAACAUUUCAACAAACUUCCUGUGAACGUGCAGAUGAGCAACAUACAAGUCCCUACCAACGUCUACAACAGAGACACAGAUAUUGUGAAUGGAGUGUACAUGUCUGAAGUGCUUGAUGACGUCUUCAUUGAAAACUUCCAGAAAGACCCAACGCUCACAUGGCAGUACUUUGGAAGUGCUGCGGGCUUCUUCAGGCUGUAUCCAGGCAUUCAGUGGAUCCCAGAUGACAAUGGCGUGGUAACAUUUGAUUGCAGAAACCGAAACUGGUAUAUUCAAGCAGCUACUUCUCCUAAAGAUGUAGUCAUUGUGGUGGAUGUGAGUGGAAGCAUGAAGGGGCUCAGACUGACCAUAGCCAAACACACCAUCAACACCAUCCUGGACACGUUAGGAGAGAACGAUUUCGUCAACAUAAUUGCUUACAGUGAUUAUGUGCGCUAUGUGGAGCCAUGUUUCAAGGGGACCCUGGUGCAAGCGGACCUGGACAAUAGAGAGCAUUUCAAAAUAUUAGUCGAUGAGCUUCAUGUGAAGGGUGAAGGAAAAGUCACAAAAGCCAUGAAGGAGUCGUUUAAGAUCCUCAAUGAGGCCACAGCCAUGGGCCAGGGCAGUCUGUGUAACCAGGCCAUCAUGCUGAUCACCGACGGGGCAAUGGAAGGCUUUGAGGGGGUAUUUGAGGAGUUCAACUGGCCCGACAAGAGGGUCCGUGUGUUUACGUAUCUCAUUGGAAGAGAAAUGACCUUUGCUGAAAAUGUCAAAUGGAUUGCCUGCAAUAACAAAGGUUAUUACACUCAUGUUUCUACACUGGCCGAUGUUCAGGAAAACGUGAUGGAGUAUCUGCAUGUCCUGAGUCGACCAAUGGUGAUCAACCAUGACCAUGACAUCAUCUGGACUGAAGCAUACAUGGACAGUGUGCUGUUCAACACUCAGGCACAAAACCUCCUCUUGAUGACCUCAGUCGCCAUGCCAGUUUUCAGCAAGAAGAAAGAAACUUUGUCUCAUGGGAUUUUACUGGGUGUGGUUGGAACUGAUGUAGCUCUCAAAGAACUCAUGAGGCUGGCUUUGAGAUACAAGCUUGGAGUCCAUGGGUAUGCUUUUCUCAUCACCAAUAAUGGGUACAUUUUGUCCCACCCUGACCUCCGUCCUCUGUAUAAAGAAGGAAAGAAAUUAAAGCCCAAACCCAAUUAUAACAGCGUUGAUCUAUCGGAGGUGGAAUGGGAGGAUACGGAUGCGCUGCUGAGGACGCCGAUGGUCAAAGGAGAAACCGGGACGUUUACUUUAGACAUUAGAGCUUCGGUGGAUAAAGGGCUCAGAGUGAUGUUUCUCAGGAAUAAAUACUUUUACACCGUCAUCAAAGAAACGCCAUUCAGUUUGGGCAUAGUGUUGACAGAAGGCUUUGGGAAUUACAUGUUCUUGGGAAAUGUCUCCAUUGAAGAAGGCCUUCAUGACUUAAAUGGCCCCGAUCUCACCAUAUCCAGUGAAUGGACAUAUUGUGAGACAGACAUAGACCCUGCUCAUCGUAAACUCAACCAGCUUGAGGCCGUGCUGCAAUACCUUACGGGGAAAGAGCCUGAUCUAGAAUGUGAUGCACUGCUUUUGUCCCAGACUCUCUUUGACGCGGUGGUCACUGCUCCCAUGGAAGCCUAUUGGACAGCUCUCAUGCUCAAUUCCUCUGGCAUAGAUGAUGGAGUUGAAACAGCUUUUCUUGGGACGCGUUCAGGCCUAAUGAGAGUUCAGAGAUACGCUGGGAUCGAGAACAGACUUUCUGCGUCUUUCCUGACCUCAUCAGACAAAGAGAAUCUGUUCACGUUGGACCAGUUCCCACUAUGGUACCGCAGAGCUGCUGAGUACCCUGCUGGACAGUUUGUGUACUACAUGCCCAGGCAGGACUCGAGAGAUGUGUUCAGAGACCAUGAGGCCGACUAUAGCGCCACCUUCAGUUCAGAUGAGGUGGGUGUCGAGUCAGAAGAGGCGAGAGGGAGGGAGCGCAGGGAGACUAGCGAACAAGUGGAGGAAGACCACAAUGGUGAUGAUGAUGAGGAUGGUAGAGGAAAAUUCAAUUAUUAG